AUGUUCAGGCCUGCUUUCUCUGCCGCCCAAAGGCGCUGCUUCUCUGUUUCUGCUCAGCAGAACUCCAAGGUCACUGUUCUUGGUGCUGCUGGUGGUAUCGGACAGCCUCUUUCUCUCCUUUUGAAGCUGAACCCCAGAGUCACUGAAUUGGCUCUGUAUGAUAUCCGUGGAGGCCCUGGUGUCGCCGCUGACAUUUCUCACGUCAACACCAAGAGCAAGGUUACUGGAUACAGCGUCGGUCCUGAGGGAUUGAAGGCUGCUCUGGAGGGUGCUGAGAUUGUUCUCAUCCCCGCUGGUGUCCCCCGCAAGCCUGGAAUGACCCGUGAUGACUUGUUCAACACCAAUGCCUCUAUCGUCCGUGACUUGGCCAAGGCUGCUGCUGAUCACUCACCUAACGCCAACCUCCUUAUUAUUUCUAACCCCGUGAACUCCACUGUUCCUAUUACUGCUGAGGUCUUCAAAUCCAAGGGUGUCUACAACCCUAAGCGCCUCUUUGGUGUUACUACUCUUGACGUUGUCCGUGCUUCCCGCUUUAUCUCUGAGAUCAAGGGCACCGACCCUGCCAACGAGGAGGUCACUGUCGUUGGUGGUCACUCAGGUGUUACCAUUGUUCCCCUGCUUUCCCAGUCUAACCACCCCGAUAUCACGGGUGAGACCCGCGAUGCUCUCGUCAACCGCAUCCAGUUCGGUGGUGAUGAGGUCGUUCAAGCAAAGGAUGGCGCUGGUUCCGCCACUCUUUCUAUGGCUUAUGCCGGUUCCAGGAUGGCCGACUCUCUCCUUCGCGCUGCCCAGGGUGAGCAGGGUGUCACUGAGCCCGCUUUCGUUGAGAGCCCUCUGUACAAGGACCAGGGCUGUGAAUUCUUCUCUUCUCGUAUUGAGCUUGGCCCCGAGGGUGUUAAGAAGAUCCACCCCGUCGGAAAGAUCAAUGAGUACGAGGAAGGUCUUAUUGCUGCUGCGCUUAAGGACCUUGCCAAGAACAUUGCAAAGGGCAAGGAAUUCGUCAAGUCCAACCCGUAA